UAUAGAAAGAUCUCCUGAAUAGUUAUAAGACUUUUAUAGUUCGCCGUAGUUAAUAUUUAGUGUUUUGAAAUGAACUGCCACCAAAUUUUAAGUGGAGCCUGCAAUGCAGGAGACCACUGUUUUGCAGUGGGUAGUGUCGAAGGAAUUCCUUUCACGGCAUAUGCAGCGGGCUGUAAUAUAGUUAUACUCGCCAGCACAUUUGAGAGAGUACAAAUCAUUCCUGGAGCAUUGCACAACUACCUUAUGAUCAGCUGUUUAGAUUGUUCAACUGACACAGGAAAAAUUGCUGCUGCAUACGAAAGUCAAGUUUGCAUAUUUGAACCAACUCCUCUCAUUCAAAGCAAUAGCACUCAUCAACUGGACUACCGAUGGGUUCAAACUGGCAGCUUACAGACGGAGUCUCAUGUAACAUCUCUGUCAUGGAAUCUGGAAGGAACCCGCUUACUCACAGGAGGAGAAGUGCUACAAUUGUGGCACCAGAACAUUCCUCUUCCUGAAGAUGAUAUGGAUCAAGCACAAAGUCAUGGAGUCACAUUUGAGAUUGGUGGAGAUGCACCGCAGUCACCACAGUUACCAGGGCAAGAGGAAGAAGAUCGUGGUUGGGAGUGCGUCUGGAAAUGUCAUACAGCAACACCAGUUGUAUACAUGUCAUUCUCGCCAGAUGGAACACUCUUUGCAACUGCAGGGAAAUCAGACCGCUUAGUAAAAAUCUGGUUUGAGAAUAAGCAAUUAUUAUUCCCAUCUAAAAGUAUUGAUCAGCCAUUUGGAGGGCAGUCAACAAUAAGUGAAGUGAAUUUUGGCUUUGUGUAUAUAGCACAUCCAAGAGCAGUUACAAACUUGUCCUGGCGAAAAACCAGCAAAUUUAUGCCAAAAGGUUCGGUGUCCAACAUGUUGGUGACAUCAUGUCGUGACAAUAUCUGUCGUCUGUGGGUAGAAACGGUUUUGCCAGAUGAUGGCUUGGUUAAUAUGAACCAAUUUGACCCCUUAGCAACACAGAAUCCUAAAUUUCGAACUCAUCGUCACAAGCACAGAUUUAUGCAGCGACUGAAGCACAUGAAGACAUGUUUCCAUAUAAGAAGGCAUGCAAAGAAUCAGCAGGCACAGGGCUUAUAUGUUGGUUCUGCCAUUCCCACACUACCUUCUACAUACAGUGUGCAUGACUUCCAUAGUUAUGGAUAUCAUGGUACGGGUGUUACUCCUGGCCUUCAUUUUCACCUUGCAGCAAGCAUUAAUGAGACUGAUAUUCCUCUUGUUCCAAGUCUGAUAGGCAGUCCUGAUUCUGAGCCCAAUUUCAUUCUACAUUGGCUCAACAAUAAAGAAAUGCAUUUCUCUCUUCAAGCUGAAAGUAUACUUCAUGAAAUAACAAAGAAACAGAUGGAAAAAGAAGAAGCUAUGGAGAACAAGGAAAAUGGAGAGCCACAUGAAUCUGAGCAGGACGACCACUCUCCACGAAAGAGACAAGCAAAAAUUGGCAAGUCUCAGUCUCAAGAUGAGAGCAGCGAUGAACACCACGGCAGCUUCCCCUCAAGCAGUGGCCACAGUCACCAGUCUAUCAGUGCAACAACAUCAAUUAACUCGUUAGCUACAGAUUCUGGACCUGCAGGAAACCUUUCAGAUCCCCUGGAUACUACUAUUGAAUGUUUACUACGAGAUUGGCAUCACAAUCCAGAUCUGCUAUACUCUAUACAUCCAAUUGAUGGCAGCUUUCUUAUCUGGAUUGUGGAGUGGCUGGAUGAAUAUCACCCAGGGUCAUUUCGCCAAGCUCAAGUAUCUUUUUCAACACGCAUCCCCAAUGCAUUUCCUCUUGGCGACGCAAUGACCAUGUCUACAAAUGUAUGUUUGUACAAUGCGUAUGGCUGCCAUAACUACAGAGAUGUGCUGAAGCCACCUUCUACUAACAAAGGGCCUGUAAGUGGACCAGCAGGUGGGACUGAGACAGAUGCUCCUACACCGCUCCCAAGUGUAAUCGAAGAGGAGGCAGACUGGGAUCCUUCAACUCCAGCUAAAGACACUUCACAGCAAGUUCCUAGCAAUGUGAAGAGUGCUGAUCCACCAGUAGCUGCUGCACAGAAGGAAGCUGGGGCUACAAACCAGGAAGGGGUGUCAGCAGAUCCUUCUCCUACUCUCUCCAUGGUGUCAAAGCAUUCCAAUGGAACUCUCAAUCUCUGGCAGCUAACAUUUGGUGAUAGUACAAAAUUCUCCCAGGUUCUGAGUAUUGGGCACUCAUCACGAGUAUCUGGUCAUCGUUUCAGGGUGAAUGAUAUAACCUGUCAUCCUGUAUUACCUCUUUUGCUUACGACAUCCCAUCACAAUAUUGCUGAUGUUAAUUCUCCACCAACUGUUUCUGAGGCACCACCAUCACCAACAUCAAAGCCUAAGGAAGCUUAUACCUACACAGGUUUCUGCAGUGAAUUAAUUUUAUGGAGGGUUGAUGCUGUUGGCCCAUUAUCUAAAGCAGGUGGUGUUUCUGAAUUAGCUCGAAUUAAUUCACCAGAAAUUUCAGCCUUUUCAAAUGUUGCUUGGAUUCCUACACUACUACCAAGCACUACUCUUGGAAAUCUUUCGAAUUCACCAAGUGCCUGUUUUGUGGCAUCAGAUGGAAAGAGUCUGCGUGUGUACCAGGCUGUAAUUGAUGCUCGAACAUUAUUGGCAGAAGUAUCGAGUUCUGAGCGUAGAAGCAAGAUGAUGGAUUCAAUGAUUAGCCUUUCAACUGAUACAUCUUCGGAUGACGGCAUAAGACAUUCAUCUUUACACGACAAAAUUAAGAUAGUUUCACAGCAGUCGACUGCAAGGCCAGGUUGCAUCAUUCAGUUGGAUCCAAUUUCUGAUGCUACACAUGACUGGCAAAACACACAAUUCCUUCAUGUAUUCCAAGAGCAGCUAAUAACUGGAGAACGUGCUGAUGAUAAGUCUGGAGCAGCAGGAGAUGGUGGAGAGCGUGAGAGUGACAUUGGACUCACUGAAGCUCAGCUAGGGGCUAUGGUUGACCUUCAGCAGUCUGUUGUGUUUGAAGAGCCAUUUUACAUUGUCGUUUUGGAACGUACCAACCAUGGAACUGUUGUGCACAUGUGGCGUCUCGUUAUUGCCUCACAGCCUGACAUGGAAAUGUCUGGGAGUAUGAUGUAUGUGCCAGAUAGUCAGCUAGUCCAAGAUGAUGAUGAAGCAGAAUCUGGUGGUGGCGGAGGCAGAACAGCUAGUAUUGGCACCGACCAUGCUAUGCGGGAUGAUGAACCCACACCAAUGCAGACUUCACAUGUUAUCAUAACCACUACAAAGGUGUGCACCCAGGACCUGCCACUUCCAGACGGUGUAGAAGUCGUACAUGCUGCCCCUGCUGCAGGACAUCUGAGCUCUGCCUCUAUAUAUCCUGCUUGUUUUGCCCCAUACAUCAUUGUCACAGCUUGUUCUGAUAGCACAAUUAGGUUUUGGAAGUGCAAAGUAACAAAGAAGGAUGAAAAGAAGAAGAACUAUGAAUGGUGUGAGUGGGAAAUGUUUCGCAAAGAUCAGGAAUCCACCAUUGAUAUCACAGGCCAGCCACUGAAUGUUAGUGCAGCUUACAGUGGCAGAAUAGCUUGUGCCUAUAAAUACGGAAAAUCUUUUACUCGACCUUCAAAGAAUGAUCCAGAUUCAAGAUAUGUCAAUUUGUGUGUUGCCAUAUAUGAAUGUGAAAGCACAGGAGGUUCAGAAUGGGUGCUGGAAGAUACAAUUCACUUAAAAAAUAUUCAUUUACCCCGUAUUCAAGUAGAUCCUCACCUGGACCUCAGCUACUUGUAUGAUAGCCGUUUUUUACAAAAGAAGCAACGUUUGAACCACAUAUUGCAAACACUGUCGUCAGAAGACAUUCGAUCUCCACUCAAGAAUGGUGAUCAGACUGGGCAUGAUCACCACAGCCUUCAAAAGACAAGUGGAGGUUUGUUAGCAGUUCCCAGUUUCAGUACAUUGCAGUCACUGCGUAAGUCAAUCAUAGAAUGUGGAAAUACCUGCCCACUUACUCAGAAACACUUAGUGCAACUAGAUUGGGUAUCAAAAGAAGAUGGUUCCCAUAUACUUACUGUUGGCGUAGGAAGCAAGAUCUUGCUGUUUACUCCUGUUUCAAGUGACCUUGCCCAAGCGAACAUGAAGGCUAUGAAAGAGUCUCAGUCAACAAACAGGCCUAUCUUGAGGAAGGCUUCUUCAUUGGCUGUUCCUCAGUUUGUGGAUGAGAUCAGGUGGAUGAAGUUGCGUAAGGUGGACUUGGUAACAGCUGAUAGUUUACCACCUUUGCCUAUGCAGAUAUCAUGGGUUCGAGACGGUAUACUUGUUGUUGGAAUGGAUAGUGAGAUGCAUGUUUACUCACAGUGGAAACCAAAAUCUUCAGUUGCUCGUGAUCGUGGUGUGGGAUUAGCCCAUCAAGAAUCAGAUGAAUAUCAAGAUUCUAGAAACUUGAGAGAUGAAGACUUAAGAAAUUUGGCUCAGGAAACUUCGCAACGUCGAUUAGCCAAUGUCAGCUCCAUGCCUCAUCUUUCCCGUGUCAGCUCCAUCAAUUUAACAAUGCUGGAUAGCAAAAAGAUUAGAGGUGCUAUUGUGCAGACUGAGCAGUUGGGAGGUUCUGAUUAUAUGCCUGACUAUGGACUUUUUGAAGCCAGCCGUAUAGCUUGCCCUGUCUUGCCACAGUAUCAUCCAAAACAACUAAUGGAGCUGCUGAACUCUGGGAAAAUACGUUGGGUGAAAGCUAUAUUAGCACAUUUAGUAAGAUGCAUAUCAGGAACAUGUACAGUGCGACAGGGUGGAAUGCUUCAGUCCAGCACAGACGAGGAGAACCUAGUACGACAGAGGGGUUGGUCUCGUUCGCGUACGUUGUCUGUGAGCUACGUUAGUGCAGGUACUACAAGCCCUCUUGAACAGAGAGGUUCCACUACUGCCAUACCUGAGGAACUAACACUUGAUUAUGCCGAGAUAAGUUCUAUACCACCCUUACCAUUGUGGACCCUCUUAGCUGCAGACAGGGAAACAACUAGCAGUGCUGCCCAAAUCUCAGAAGAUCAGGAGGAUUACAAUAAUUUAUUUGAUGGAAGUUUGGCCGUUGAAGAUGAGACACUAGAUGAACUGCUGGAGGAUGAAAUAGAUUCGCCAAAACGUCAUGAAAGACGUUUAUCCAUGAGUCAGGAGCGACAAGGCUUGUCACAUUUUGGGCCGCGACAGGGGCGUGUCCUUUCACGGCUAUUGACACACACACACUUACCUGGCCUUUCAAGUCUUGAUCAGAUGCAUCUUUUAGCUUUGGCGGAUACUGUUUCUACAUGCAACACAGACUUUGCAGAGCGAUUUGCUAUUGAUGCAGCAAAAACAGCAAUUGCAAAAGAAAAUCUGUCAGGAGUGCCUGAAGGAGAAGAUGUAUCCACAGAUUCACUAGAUGAUUGUGGCCUACGCUUCCUGUUGGCAAUGAAGCACUACAACUACCUUCUGCGGUGUUUGCCAUUCGCUCAACGUGCACAGUUCCAGAGACAAGGUGUUGGCACAAAUAACCUGGUGUGGGCUUUCCAUUCAGAGAGCGAAGAAGAGCUGUUAAAUCUUAUACCUUCAUAUGCAAAAGGGAGCCCGAAGUGGUCUGUGUUGAAGGAACUUGGGGUUGGAUGGUGGUUGAGGAAUCACACAGUUCUAAAGAUUUGCAUUGAAAAGAUUGCUAAAGCUGCUUAUCUAAUGAAUCAAGAUCCACUUGAUGCAGCCAUAUUUUACCUUGCAAUGAAGAAAAAGAGUUUAGUAUGUGGAUUGUUCAGAUCAAAGAGGGAUGAACGAAUGACUCAUUUCUUUGCUAAUAAUUUUUCUGAUGAUCGCUGGAGAAAAGCAGCAUUGAAGAAUGCUUUUGCACUCCUUGGAAAGCAACGAUUUGAACAUGCGGCUGCCUUCUUUCUUCUAGCUGGUGCACUGCGUGAUGCAAUUGAGGUGUGCUUAAACAAGCUGAAUGACUUUCAAUUAGCCAUGGUAAUUGCUAGAUUAUAUGAAGGGGAGUUGGAUUCAACACCACCAAAUUUCAAGAGACUUCUUUAUGAGGAAAUCUUGGGCUGUGAUAGUGAAGGUGGAAAUCAAAACUUAACAAAAGUUCACCCAGAUCCUUUCCUGCGGUCAAUGGCAUUAUGGAUUUUGAAAGAUUAUACUGGGAGUCUGAAUACUCUUCUACAAACAAAUAUUGGUUCAAAUCACCCUCAGCACAUUGAUGAUGACAGGUCUGAAGCUGCAUCAGCAAAUCCAAAUGUUUUCAACUUCUAUGUGUACCUGCGUACACAUCCACUCCUAAUUCGGCAUUAUAUUGCUUCAACUGCCCAGGACAGGAGGAAAGCCCACACUGUUGUGCUUUCUGGAUUCAGUUAUGGAACAGAAACAAAAUCUGCCAACCCAGAUAAGCAGCUAAUGCUUGAAGAUUCCAUAACACCAUUGGAACGACAACUGUACUUCACAACGGCACAUGCACAUUUCAAGGCUGGUUGCCCUGCACUGGCACUUGAAGUAUUGUCAAAACUACCAAGCAAAGUGAUGGAUGCCAAUGGAAAUGAUUCGCCAACUACCCUGAAUAGCCCAAGUAAAUCAAGGCUCCAAGAUCAUCAGAUUGACACAGGUAUAUUGACUUGGGAAGGCACAGGAAGCUCUGACAAAGCCACAUCUCUGGAUUGGUCUGCACCAGCAAAAGCUUCCUCAAUAGACUGGUCAGAACCAGUUUCAAAGCAAAGCAAUGACGAGCUUGUCCUAAAAUGGGAUGAUGAUGAAGACGUGGAAGAUGAGGAAAGCAGUGAUAAACCUUUGGAAAUGAAACAGUCUCCUGAUGAUGCACUGAACAGGAGUGAAAGUGUAGAGACAACCACAGCUAGUGGUGGCCAGUUGGACAUAAUGGCUCAACAGCUGAAGUUCAUAGCCUGCCUGAAAAUCCUUAUGGAAGAGCUUUCAACAUUGGCAACAGGAUUUGAAGUUGAUGGUGGGCAGCUUCGUUAUCAGCUUUACGUAUGGCUCGAGCGUGAAGUUGAGGCAUUGCGUCAGCUGUGUAACUACAGUUUUGGUGAUCCAGAUCUGACAGGUUCUGAUGAGGGCAUAAUCGAAGCGAGCCAAGAUAUACGGGAACAUAAUUCAACUCCAACAAUGAUGCGUCCUGGGGAAAAACCUACACUUCAUGAAAUCCUAAUGGCUGAGAAGAUGGAUUUUGAAGCUAAGGUGCAACGAGCUGCGAAAAGAAAAAAAUGGUUGAAAGCCAAUGAAACACUCUUGCGAACACUACAGAGUUACUGUAGCCUGCAUGGUGCCAGUGGUGGUGGACUGGCAUCAGUGCGAAUGGAGCUUGUUCUGCUGCUGCAGGAGCUUCAGCAAGACAAGAGUCAGCAGACGUUGUUAUCACCACUUCCAUUUCCAACAACACUCCCUCUUUUAUCUGCUAGUGUUGCGUCUAACAAGACUGUCGUCGGCGACCCUGUUCGGCUGUUGCAGGCCCUGGCACAUGAUAUUCUUCAGACAAUAAUUGAGAUCCGCAGGCCACCUACUCCCUCCCACACAAACUUCCGUGAAGUAUUUGUUUUGCGUGAUCUAGCUAUUGCAUUGUCAGCGUGUAUAUAUCAGUCACUUUGUGACUCUGACACAUUCAUCGUGAAGCAACAUCUCGACAGCUACCAGAGCUCAGGGUUGGAAUCUUUGGUACGUCUUAAUUCAGUCUACACUAGUAGUCACCUGAUUGCUGGACACAGUCGACGUCGGCGCUACAGCAGCGAUGAGCCUCUACAAGUUACAACACAACCUGCAAAAUGGCCAGGUGUGACCAAUUUGCGAGCUCUGCUUGCAAGAGAAAAAGACGAAGACACUCCACGAUUAAAUGUGUUGCUGUGUGAAGCAUUUGUUGCAACGUACAUGAGCCUGAUGGUGUAUGCACUCUCCACGUGUGAUGCCCUCAUUCUUUACCGUCUUGCUGGGCAGAAGUUUAGUAGCACAACUUGGGCAACUUUAUUUGGUGGUGGUGUGAAGAAGCUUUUAAAAGUGGCAAGUGCUAGCUCCAGUCAGUCUCAAACAGGCAGUGUAGACAAAGAUGUUAACACAGGAAAUACUGAGAGUAGCAUGUGGACUACAAUGACCAGUCUCACCAAGCAGCGCGUACGCCUCAAUAUGCGGCUUCUUGGUCAGUUUGGCAGUUCCCCAGGCACACCAAGUAUGAAGGAAGACAAACCAACGUACAGGGAACAAUUUCUGUCACCUGAAAUGUCAAUGGUCUCUUAUUAUCUUAUGAAGCCACAGUUGCCAGCAGAAGCAUCACAAGUGGAUUAUGAUUCAGCAGAUUCUGCAGAGAGUGAUGUAGAGGAACUUGAUGAGGAGGAAGAUGUAUUUGAAGGGUCAGUCACUGGGAAGGAGACAGUUGUGAGAGAAGACAAUACUGAACACUGUAACCCCAACAGUUACUCAUGGUGUGUGAUUCGACUUGCUCUGAUGAAGCUACUACAGUACCAACUUCAAGACUUCCUCAAUGUCGCUGGCAUUGAAGCAUCAGAGCUACCAGUAUGCAGUCCCCUGAUACAUGGUGUCUUGCGUGUUGUAUCCCAGUGGCAGGAUAUCCUCAAUGAUGAGCUUGAAGCUCGGCGUCCUCCACCACUCAAUUAUAUACCAGGUUGUUAUGUGGAGACGGGAGUGACAGGACCAGCUAUUCACAAGUACCGUUCACUGUUUGAGCCACAAAAUACGCCAUUUCACACAAGGCAUGCAUCAGCUGCUCCAGUUCGGCGUCUUUGGUGCUAUUUGGUACGGCAAGAACCAGUUCAAGAUAUAUUCAUACGUUCUGUAUUUGGCAAGCGUCGAUCUGUAGCUUCAAUUAUGGAGCCAAGUGUGACAGUUACAGAUGGCGUACGCACUUCAGAUGAGAGAGCUUCCGAUUCAUCAUCAUCAUUUGCAGAAUUGGUGAAGAUUAUUCACAAGGAUCAGGAUUCUAUAUCUGCGUUUUGUCUCAAUCAGGCCAACCCAGGAUUUCUUGCUCUUGCAACACCAAAGGAAAUACAAGAGAUGGAUAUAUCUUUGCUGUUAGAAUCACCACUGUGGUUAGAGGAUGAGUGUGAAUUUGAUGUCAUUAAUUUAACAAGGGACCCAGAGACACUCCCAGCUUCAAGUUUUUUGGUUAUCCAGACAGCUGCUGACAGGCCAGUAUUGGCUCAGUCAGCAUCAACACAGAAUCACAGUAAUCCCUCUACACCACAACCUACACUUAGCAGCCAGACAGGACGAGGAGCCUCAGUGAUAAUGAAACACAAAGUGGAAGGGGUGAGACGACUGUGCUCUCACCCAAUGCUUGGGAUGUACCUCACAGGCUCUCAAGAUGGGUCAGUGCAGAUGUGGGAAUGGUGUCAGCAGCAUUCUGUUGCCACUCCCAGACCAUCUGGAACAUUUGCAAAGGUGACUCGGGUGCGUUUCAGUGAACAUGGAAACAAAUUUGGGGUUGCUGAUGGAGAUGGAAAUGUCAGCCUGUGGCAGGUUGGCUUGUCAAGCAAUGGCAGCCGUCCUUUCUUUACGUACCAGUGCCACAAUAAAAUAACAAGUGAUUUUGUAUUCCUUGGGUCAUGUAGCAUGCUGGCUACAGCUGGCCACAGCUCAGAAAGUAAAAGCGUUGCAUUGUGGGAUUCGUUACUACCUCAGAAGAAAGCGUUGAUAACAGCAUUUUCCAUUCAUGAUCAAGGAGCCUCAAGUCUUGUCUAUGCACCGCAACACCAGUUAAUUAUUUCUGCUGGAAAGAAGGGUGAUGUAGCCAUUCUGGAUGUUCGACAGCGACAAGUGAGACAUCGUUUUGUAGCCCAUGAAUCGCCCAUAAAGUGCCUUGCAAUUGAUCCCAGUGAAGAGUUUUUUGUGACUGGUUCAGCAGAUGGAGACAUUAAGGUGUGGGCGUUAUCAGUCCAUAAUCUGCUCUAUUCAUUUCCUGGUGAACAUGCACGGUCAAGUUUCUUCAAGAAUAUAGGACAAGGUGUUACACAGCUACAUGUUGAUGGAGCAAGUCGUUUGUUUUCGUGUGGUGCAGAUGGCUCAAUGAAAGUGCGCCAGCUGCCAGAGAGAGAAGCUGCUGUACAUACUUUGUACUAGUUUGCUUUUCAUUAGUGGGUGACUUAAAUUUCGGCUGUGCUUCAAAUUCUAUAAAAUGCAUCUUACAUUUGUACUGUUUCUUUGAAAACUUAGCAGUGUGACAUGUGCAUAUAAAAUGUUAAUCUGCUGUGUGUUUCAUUGUUGCUCCCGCAUCAGUGUUCAAGAAUGAGGCUGGCAUGUAAGAUUAGUGCUAAACGUGGGCAAAAUGGAUGUGUUUGUCCGUAUUAAGUGGACUAGCAUACAUAUUAUUCAUGUUCUUAUGAUAAUUCGUGUGCUGUAAUGGACUUUCAGUGACUAUCUUAUUUCAGAAUUAUUUAUAAAACAACAUGAUAUGAUUGUGUUGUGGACAAGACUGUUUUACUUUGAAUGUCUUAUGCCUUAACAUUAAUGGGACUGCAUUCCUUUUUGUAAGUUGUACUUGAUGUUAGACUGUUUGAGCCAAGACAUGUAUUUCUGUACUAAAGUUUUCUAAACAGGGUCACCACAUGUGAAUUUAUUUAAUUUCGGUAUUGAUUGAGAUCUGUGAGCAAUAGAAUAUAUAUUUUUAGCAACAGUAUUUUGCCCCCAUACAUAAACUGUAGUGAUAUUAUAAGAAAGUGGGUUCAUGUUGUGUCUCCCAGGCAGCAGGGAAGUAUCCCAAAAUAUUUGCACUGUAUGAAUAUAUCCUCUAGUGACAUGAACAAUAAAAUCAAGUGUUCACAUUUUGUGGGCACAACUGUUCUAUUUACAUAUGAUGACAAAAGAGGUAAUCAUCUCUUUUGUUUAACAUGAACAAUAAAAUCAACUGUUCACAUUUUGUGGGCACAACUGUUCUAUUUACAUGUGAUGACAAAAGAGGUAAUCAUCUCUUUUGUUUAAACAUUGAUUCUUAUAAUAUUGCUACUUAGUUUGAUUCUAUUAUUGCAAGUGCGAGGAAUGUGGAAAUAGGCUAAUUGAGCUUUAUGCAAGUGCAUCAAUAAAGUGCUGUGACAGGAAAUUCUCAGUAUAUUAUUGCAAGGCGUAGUUCAGUUGGUAGCCUUAAAUUCAAUAACCAGAAAAUGUGAUUAAAGGUACAAUAAUUUUUACUCCAAAGGUCUAGUCCUGUAUGAUACUUCACUAGAGAAACACUAAUUGUUCAUCAUGUGCGGGAUAUGAACAAUUCCUGAGAUUGUGUAGAUAAAUACUUUAUCUAGUAGUAUGUGUCCAUGCCCAGUUAUUGUAUAUACACAUUGUAAAAUGCGCUGUAUCAAAGACAUAAUCAGUGUAAAUAUUCCUCUUCCAUUUUGACAUCUGAUAUUUUAUUCUGUAGAUAUUAGUAACUGUAAAUCUCCCAUAAUCCUUCUGGUUUGUUGAUCAGUAUUCCAAUUUAGUAAUACAGUUUUAGUACUUUAAGUUGUUUGAAAUGUGCAGAUUUUAUUAAGUGAAGUUUGUGGAUUUCAUUAGUAUUUUGUUACCUAAAUGUACAUCCAAUUAUAUUAUAUAGACAAGGAAGCAGAUUGACAACAAGAGAGAAUAUUUUUUUAGUAUGUUUAAAAUAGAUUUUUCCCACUUUGGGAAACAGGAUUUUGGUUCUAUACUGAUUCUUUCUGCCUUUAUAUUGUUUUUAAAAAGAGAAUAUUCUUGUCAGAAUAGUUCCCUUCUAUAAGCCAGGAUGAUAAUGCCGUGAUCUAUACAUUUUUUAAAAAAAUGAAUUAUUGUUGUGUUUGAGCCAAUAAACAGCAUUCCAUUCCACUUAUCUAAAGAGCUCCAACUCUGUUACUAUUAUCUCAAACUAACGGACAACUAAAAGAAUGUUAAAUGUUGCUGAAUUGUGCACUCUACGUACACUUAAAAUAGCCCCAUUUAAAAUCUGUAACUAGAAAGAACGUAGUUAUCUCUGUUCCUGCAAGCCAUUGAACUUUAUCCUACGUUAUGUUAUUACACAUUGUUAAUUUUUUUUAAUUUAAGUAUACUAGGAAGUGUUCAUAAACAAGAGUCCAUAUGGUUCCUGUUCUUGUAAAAGAAUACUUUUUGCUUCCACUGUUGUUGAGUGAUAGCUACAUUAUAUUUCUCUGAAUGUGUGAACCAUUGUGUUUUGCAGCUUUUACACACAAAAAAACUUUUACAUAAAUGCUUGUCAGUUGUUACAAAAAUUAUAAAAUAGUAUCUGUGAUAAUUGUUAUCUGAUUGUUAUUGAUUUUAUACUUGAGAAGCAUUUUUAAAUACAACGUUAAAGUCUUAUCAUAUUAUUUGCAUUUACUUUCAAGUUACCUUUUUUCUUUUUAGAUAACUCUCUGUGAUCUUUAGUACUCUCCAUGUGAAAUAAAUUGUACAUCACAGAAAGUUGACAUGUGUGUAUUAGGAUCAUGUAAAUACUGCUAUAAGGGUGCUAAGAACCUAUUCAUAUGUGAUGAUAAAGGGUGCAUCUGUUUUGGAAAUACUGUAGAUAGUUUUUCAUUCAUUCCUUCCCCUCAAAGCUACAAGGCAAAACUGCCUUCCAAGUGCUUUUUAUUAUUUAUUUGUUUAUUGUUCCAAUAUUUCCAUCUGUCUUACUUUUUUUUUCUACGCCAACUGGAAGUUUUUGUUCUGCUUCCCUCUAGGAUGCAAAUUACAUAUUUCUUUCAAUAGCACACAGGGUGGGUCUUCUUCGCUGUGGUUUGUAGGCACCAAAUAUCUAUAUCCCCCCCCCCCCCCCCCCACACACACACACACACACACACACACACACACACACACACAAAGUCCUUACCUGCAAUCUGUGAUUCUUUCAUUAGCUGUGUGUACCUAAAACUAUCUUCAUGAGGCUCAGAAAAACCUUCAGCUUUGAAAUGUAAUAUGACAGUUUGAUUAAAUUUUCUUUGUAUUUUUUUUAAACAGUAAAGAAGUUGGAAACAAGUGCUUACAUAAGACACCUGAUGCCUUUAGAACAUAUUGUUAAUGUGUAUGUUGCUCUAUUGGAAGAGAAAAUUUGUUGAGCAGUAGAGACUUAAGUUUGUUGGCCUAUUAUUUAUUGGUCUGAAAAGGAGAGUAGUCUGUGUAAAUUAAACUAACCAUUGUUGAAAAUGUUAUUUGAAUACCGAGAGUUCGAAUUUUCUAUAUAUAUAUAUAUAUAUAAAUGUGUGUGUGUAUAUAUAUAUAUUUAUGUAUGUGUGUAUACUCAAGUUUCUUGAUAAUAUAUUAUCUUCAAGAUGUAA